AUGUCCAAAACCGCAACUCGCCCAGACUGGGCAGACGAUGUUUCCGAGUCCGAACAGAUCAACGACCCCUCGGCGCUGCCCGCCCCAGUAACGACUGUGAACAAAGAUGGGACUCGCACCACUGUAUUUUACCGCUUCAACGACCAGGGUCAGAAAGUGAAAGUCACACGCAAGACCCGCAUCACAACGCACAAAGAAAAAGUCAACCCGGUCGUCGCUGAGCGGCGCACCUGGGACAAAUUCGGCCUCGAGAAGGGCAAGCCAAAGGGCCCACAACCCGACACCACCUCCGUGGGCGAGAACAUCCUCUUCAGACCGAGCCGAGACUGGAAGAACGCGCAGGCCGAAGAAGCCAAAGCGGGCGGUGGCAAAGCCGAGGAGAAGUCUCUGAAGGAGCAACUGAGAGAUAAGAAGGUGAAGUGUCGAAUCUGUCAGGGCGAGCAUUUCACAGCGAGAUGUCCAUUCAAGGAUACAAUGGCGCCGGCGGAUGAUGGGACAACGCCCGUGGUGGAUCCCAUGGCCGAAGACGAUGAAUCCGGGCCCAAGCCGCAAGGUGCCCUCGGUGGUGGUGGUAGCAGCUACGUACCGCCACAUCUCAGGAAAGGCGCACAGGGAGCGGGAGAGAGGAUGGGCGGGAAGUACGAGAGAGACGAUCUGGCUACAUUGCGAGUUACGAACGUUUCCGAGAUGGCCGAAGAGCAGGAACUCCGCGAUCUCUUCGAACGGUUCGGCCGCGUCACCAGAGUCUUCCUCGCCAAGGACAGAGAUACUGGCCGUGCCAAGGGGUUUGCAUUCAUUUCCUUUGUCGACAGAUCUGAUGCCGCUAGAGCCUGCGAAAAGAUGGACGGCUUUGGAUACAGGCACUUGAUCCUAAGAGUGGAGUUUGCGAAGAGGACGACCUAG